GACGUUGACUCUAUGCGACUCCUCCCCCUAACCCCCUGGAUUCUCUAGCGACGCGUCUGGCGACCACCGAAAUCCCACUGAGACUCUAGGGGGUCUCCACUGCCUCAUGUGUACCUCCCCGCUCGUGCUACUGCAGGUGUUCUUCCUGAUGAUCCUCGAGGGCGUCCGUCCUCAGCCCUCUCCCUCCCCAUCAGGGGCAGUGUCCACCUCUUCGGACUCGGGGCCAGGGGUGCAGGGCGGGACCCUUCAGUCCUCUUCGAAGGGGCCUGGAACUGCUAGGGCCGUGCCUGGGAUCUCUACGGUAGGCCCUAAUUUCGCGACUCCUUCGACGCCUGAAAAUAAGACCAUGGACCUCUUCCCAGCCUUACCGAUCUGUGUCUGCGACUUGACUCCUGGUACCUGCGAUAUAAAUUGCUGCUGCGACAGAGACUGCUAUCUAAUUCAUCCCAGAACAGUUUUCUCCUUCUGCCUUCCAGGCAGCGUGAGGUCUUCAAGUUGGGUGUGUGUGGACAACUCUCUUAUCUUCAGGAGUAAUUCCCCAUUUCCUUCGAGGAUUUUCACGGAUUUAAAUGGAAUUAGGCAGUUCUGUGUCCAUGUGAACAACUCAAAAUUAAACUAUUUCCAGGAGCUCCAAAAAGUCAAUGCAUCCAACUUCCAGGCACUGGCUACAGAGUUUGGAGGCAAAUCAUUCACUCCGACAUUCCAAGCUGAGCCACCACCACCGUUUUACAGGGCUGGGGACCCCAUUUUGACUUACUUCUCCGAGUGGUCUCUGGUAGGCUUACUGAAGCAGCCUGCAGGGCUCGGAGCUGGGGGGCUGUGUACCGAGAGCAAUCCUGCAGGUUUCUUAGAAAGUAGAAGUACAACCUGUGCUCGUUUCUUCAAGAACCUGGCAAACAGCUGCACCUUGGAUCCAGCCCUCGAUGCUGCCUCUUACUACAACUUCACAGUCUUGAAGGUUCCAGGAGGUAUGACUGAUCUGCAGAAUAUGAAGUUCCAGGUUCCUGUAACACCUGUCUCACAGGCUGGCUCUCCUCUGUUGGCCGGAAACACUUGUCAGAAUGUUGUUUCCCAGGUCACCUAUGAGAUAGAGACCAACGGAACGUUUGGAAUCCAGAAAGUCUCUGUCAGUUUCGGACUGGCCAACCUGACUGUGGAACCAGGCGCUUCCCUGCAGCAACACUUCAUCAUUCGCUUCAGGGCUUCUCAGAGCACAGCUGCUUCUCUCCCUGCUCCUAGAAGUGGGAAUCCUGGCUAUAUUUUUGGGAAGCCACUCCUGGCUCUAACUGGUGAUGUGAGUCACUCAAUGACCCUUUUGCAAAGCCAAGGUGAUGGAACUUGCUCUGUUAGGAGACCUGAAGUACAGUUUGGAGUGAAUGCGAUGUCUGGAUGCAGGCUCAGGCUGAAAAAGAUGGGCUGCAGCCACUUGCAGCAGGAGACGUACCAGACUCUUCAUGGAAGGCCCAGACCAGAGCAUGUUGCCAUCUUCGGUAAUGCUGACCCAGCCCAGAAGGGAGAGUGGACCAGGAUCCUCAGCAGGAACUGCAGUGUUUCGGCUACACAUUGUGUGUCCUGCUGUGCCAUCCCAGUUUCCCUGGAGAUCCAGGUACUGUGGGCAUAUAUAGGCCUCCAGUCCAACCCACAAGCUCAUGUAUCAGGAGCACGCUUCUUGUACCAGUGUCAGUCCAUAAAGAUUACCAACUCUACUCCUACUCAGGGAAUACCACCUCUAGGCACCAUUACCACCUUCUUCUGUGCCCAGGCCUCAUCACCCCUCUGACAGAGUGCAAGGAUCUCUUGGCUCUGAAGGAAAACGAUGCCCCCUUUCAGCAGGAAGCAGUUACAGAAAGGAUCCUGCACUCCUUUUCCCUGAAGGAUUCAGAACUAAGAUCUUUGAGGGGGAAAUAUGGAAGGCAGUUAGACAAAAUUAGAGCAACUAUGAUAGGCCAGGUGCAGAAGGCCACUAAGGCAGAAAGCCUUGGGUGCCUAGAAAUGGGCAUAGGAAAAAGGAAAUGAAUUUUUAAGAGGACACAGGCAGAUGGUAAAACAAAGUGAUUACUCAAAUAGUAAGUGAAGAGGCCCAGGGGCUCCUCUGGACACCUCCCAAUCCAUCAUUAUUUCCCCACUGGAACCCCUGGUACAACUGACAGUGGGGAACAAUCUCAUUAACUUUUUAACAGACACUGAAGCCACGUAUUCUGUACUGACAUCAAAUUGACUAAAAACUCCACAACAGUCUUGGUCACAGGGAUAACAGGACAAAUAACAACAAGACUUCCUCCAGCCUUUAGCUAUUUUCAUGGAUACCACAGGGACUCAGGUCCAUAUUAGGAAGAAUUUAAGUUGAACCAUUCUUUUCUUUAUAAUGCUCAUCUUUAUUGUUUUAAACUUCCUUAUGACUAGUUUUUCCCACACCAGAAAAAUUGUAUUUGCUCAACAGGCACCUCUAAAAAAAUGUAUUGGCUUUUAACUCACAAGAUUUUGCUUUAUAACAGGCUCAGGUUGUUUAUUCCCCCAGGAGAUUCAGAGGACACCAAUAGCUCCAAAGAUAUGGAGGGAGAAUUGACAGAGGGGAAUUGUAACAGGAAUGAAAAGAAUGAAAACUUUAUACCACUCUGACUUACCAUGAAAUAUAAUAAGAUGUACUAAUAAGCUGAUAAAAUAACUCACAUACUGAUAGUUUCUUUGUAAGCAUAUUGCAUGUGCCAGCAGCUCCAGUUUCUACUUGUACAAGAAAUGUCCUUGAUCACAACCCUGGGUGACACAGAUUGCCGAACUGCAGGAAUUUGGGUGGCGCUGACCACUUCCAGGAUGUUGACAUUAAAGAUUCAUAUCAAGACCACCCACAACACUGACAACAUGUCCACAGCCUCUCCCCCUGAUCUCUUUGUCCUCCUUGUCCCUCUCCCUCUUUAUACAAACCCCUGCCUGCACUGAAAUGUUAAAAGGGGCUUUGAGAUGAGAGUCCCCCUUCUUCCAGGUUGCUGGCGUUUGAAUAAAACCUCUUUCCUUUUUUCAC